AUGCCUGAUACGGGCAUGCCGCUGCAGGACGCUGCAGCUGCAGAUGUUGAUCACCAAACUCAGCCAAUAGAAUGGCACCGAAUCCCGGACGUCGCCAAAUUCAACCCGAUCGCGGGUAUAACCAUGCUCGCAAAUGCGAGAGACGUCGACAUGUGGGUAACGAAUGUCGAAAGAAGGCUGAGAACGCAGCAAUUACGCUGCAUGAUCGACGGAUCGAUACCAAACGGACCCCCAGACGGACACGAAGACCAUGCCAGAUGGGAGGCCGCAGACGCCCUAGUCGUGGAUUGGCUGACAUCUCAGAUCUCGUUCGAUUUAUAUCGUCAAGCACAAAACUCAUGCCUUCCAAUUGACACGGCGUAUCAAUUGUUUACCGUCAUCAAGCAGGUCUUCACCCACACACGGCCUGCAGACGCACGAUCUUACUGGGCCAAAUGGAAGUCCAUCAAACGAUCAGACUAUGCCACGAUGCAUCAGUUCGUUGAAAAUCUUUCCAAAUUGUACGUGGAUGCCACCAGAGCUGGAUACCCAUUCCCACCGGCUGAUGCACUGGACAACCUGGUGCAUGGCAUCAACGACGAGAUGACCGUAUGGUCGAAUCUCAUAAUGAACGAACUCGAACAAAUCAAGCCCGCGGACGUCACCCGCGAGCAAUUCCUCGGCUACUGCUCACGAACGCUGGCCAAAGUUGAUAAUAUGAAGAUAACAGCCGCCGCACCGAGACCUCAAGCACCCGCGCGAGAUACGGCCGUUGGUGGUUCAAACGUUGCUACAAAUAUCGUUACAAAUAACGAAUUUGUUACUAACUUUGCUGGUGCAGCAACACACGUGACGCCUAACAUUUCGGAUAUCAACAUAAUAACAACAGCGAACUCAGCGCCAAAUUCGAGCUCUCGCACAACGUGGAUAGCAGAUACAGGCAGCGCGUACACUAUCUGCAAUGAUAUAGCCUCAUUCGUCAAUUUCACACCAACAAACAGCACCCCGGUGCGCGGGUGGCAGGGCUCAGUCUCCGAGAUGACUGGUAAGGGAGAUGUGGUGAUCCCAUUCCUAAUGGAUAACGGCACCAUCAACAAAUUAGUGGUUACUGCAUAUUAUGCGGAACAUGCAGUACACAACCUCCUAUCCGGCCAGGACCUGAAGACAAAACACGGUGCCUAUAUAUCAGAAAGGGAUAAUACCAUACGUUCGCUGCGGGACGAUUCAUUGAUAGGCUACACUUACUGUGGUGGCGGCGUUACGAUGCUAAGAAUACACCCCGAUCCUAUCCAUGCAAAUGCAGCGACGAAGGCCCCUACCACCAACAUCUCACCAGAGACCUGGCACCGAAGGCUUGCACACUGCGGAUAUCCAGCACAUCUCCAAGCCGCAAGGGCAAAUAACAUUGACGCCCCUACAAAAUUACACUGCGAGCCAUGCGCACUAACAAAAGCACGAAGGAUAGUCUCGAGAGACCCCCAAGAACGUGCCUCACAAUUUGGUGCGAAGCUCCACAUGGACCUUGUGCCAAUCAAGCCACCAGGCCUACAAGCCUAUCACCAAAUGCUCGUCGUAAUUGACGAUGCCACCAGGCUCAAAUGGGUAUUCCCCCUAACCGGCAAAGAUAAGGCCAGCGAGGUGUUACAAGGCCUCUGUGAAUACCUGAAUACAGAGACUACCUCUUACCCGCGCAAAAUACGCUGUGAUAACGGCACUGAAUUCAAACAGUUCAUUACGUGGAUACGGCUCAAAGGCGCCAGCAUCGAACUGUCACCACCUCGCUCACCUGAGUUGAACGGUAUCUCCGAGCGCCAUGCCGCGUACAUCGAACAAACCAGUAGGGUAAUGCUCAACGAUGCGAGCCUCCCCCUGGAACUUUGGCCUUGGGCAACGGAGACCGCAUGCUACGUGUUAAACCGCCUACCAGAGGGCACAAAUGGUCGCAAGUCCCCAUACGAACAAGCGUACGGGACCAAGCCCACACUUGAACAUCUCCGCGUGUUCGGCUGCGUGGCGUAUGUAUACAUCCACAAGGAAGACCGUGUUCAAUCACAAAAGAUGCAUCCCCGAGCCCUGAUUGGACGGCUCGUGGGCUAUAUUGGCAACGGCCACAUUUACAAAAUAUGGAUCCCUGAGACCGGCAAGAUAAUACACACAAAAGACGUCAAGUUCCUAGAGGAAACAAGACCUCCACCCCUGCCGGCAAGGGAACAAGAUCCGAUACCAUGUGUAGGACCAACAGUAGCGCCGCCACGAGUCCCAACGGCACCCCAAGCCGUACACCAAUCGAUUGAACAGGCACCCGAUGAAGCCGUGCCAGUCCCAUCACGUCAACGUCUCGCGAUAGAGAACAACGAACAAGUGCCUUGGCAGCUACAAUUUGAACUUGAGCAGGCCAUUAGUCAGCCAACCACGCGCAUACACACCCUAUCACCAUCGCCGAUAUCCGCUCCCGCACACGUGCCUACAAGGUCAACCAAUCAGGAGCUAUCUGAGCCAGAGCCGCAGCGCCAAACAGCCGCUAAAAGUGCAAAUGACCAAAUAUCUGCCCAAAAUAUUGAACAAAUAUCGAACGCCAAGACCUCUACCGCUCCACCGGAGCCACCAAAGCCUCUCCGGCGCAGUGCCCCACUUGGCCAACUCCAACGCUCGAUCGGCGAUGUCACCCUAUCUCACCUACACUGGGCCAAGCGUAUAUUACAAUAUCUCGCCGGCCAACGCACCGCGGCACUGAUGCUUGGUGAACACCCUGAACAGGCUUUACAAGCCUUUGUUGAUGCCGGAGACCAACAAGACGGCCGUUACACGGAGUCUUAUAUAUUUUUUUACGCCGGCUGCGCAGUAUCUUGGGCAUCACGGAAACAAUCAUUGAUCGCACCGUCAUCCACCAUCGCGGAGUUCCUGGCAUUUGAUCCAGCCGUAAAGGACAUCCUCUGGCUGCACAAGAUCCUUAAAUCACUAAGUCUACCUUUUAAUACGCCUACAACGCUGCAAACUGAUAGUAUCAACGGUAUGGCCGUGAUCAAUGGCUCCCCUUACAGACGCACUACUCGCUGGAUUGACAACCGUUAUUUCUUCACUAAGAAAUAUAUUGACGAAGGCGUAUUGCACCUACGAUACGUUAAUACCGCAGACAAUGUUGCCGACGGCCUCAGCAAGACGCUGGACCGUAUCAAAUUUGCAAGAUUCGUUGCGCUGCUCAACUUCAAACACGUCCGACACAUUUGA